UCGCGUUUCGGGAAGCGGCUUAACCGCGCGACUUUCCGUCGGUCCCUGCGCAGGUGACGUCACACGCCCGGGCAGCAUGGCGGAGCACAGCAUGGAAGUUGACAGACGGGCCGAGUCGGAGGAGUCUGCGGAUGAGGAGGCGGCAGGAGGCGCCGCUUUGAGUCCGAAGCAACAGCAGCAGCAGGGUCAGAAUGAGGUAGCAGUGGAUAUCGCCACCAUAGAGCUCAACCCUGAUGAUGAGGAGGUGGACUUGAACCACUGUCGUAUUGGGAAGAUAGAGCGACUUGAAAUCCUAAUGAAAGUUAAGGUGCUAUGCUUGCGACAAAACAUGAUAGCACAGAUUGAGAACCUGGAGAGCUUGACGACUCUGCGGGAGCUCGACUUGUACGACAAUGUCCUCAAGAAGAUUGAGAAUCUUGACACGCUGGUGAACCUAGAGAUGCUUGACAUUUCGUUCAACGUGCUGCGCAAGAUCGAGGGCCUGGACACGUUGAGAAAAGUUCGCAAGCUCUUCCUCGUGAGCAACAAGAUCACCAAAAUCGAGAACCUGAACUCUCUGACUGAGCUGCGCAUGCUGGAGGUGGCAUCUAACCGCAUUCGGGUCAUUGAAAACAUUGAGACUUUAAAGAACUUGGAUUCGCUGUUUAUUGGGAAGAACAAAAUCACCAAACUGCAGAACCUUGACAGCCUCACCAACCUGACCGUGCUUAGUAUACAGAGUAACCGGAUCACCAAGAUAGAAGGCUUGAGCAGCCUCGUGAACUUGCAGGAGCUCUACCUGAGCCACAACGGCAUUGAGGUCAUCGAGGGCCUUGAGAACAAUAAAAAACUAACGACCUUGGACAUCGCCGCCAAUCGCGUGCGAAGGAUCGAGAAUGUGGGCCACCUGACAGAGCUGCAGGAGUUCUGGAUGAACGACAACCAGAUCUCCAACUGGAACGACGUGGACGAGCUGAAGAACGCGCGGGGCCUGCAGACCGUGUACCUGGAACGCAACCCCCUGCAGCGCGACCCACAAUACCGCCGCAAGAUCAUGCUGGCACUGCCAUGGGUACGGCAGAUCGACGCCACCUACGUGCGCUUCUAGCGCAAGUCUGAGUGCCGGCGACGAUCUUUUUUUCGACACUGAAGAUUUGGGAAUUUAAAUUUUCCUGUAGCUUUGUUAGAACAAAUUAUUUGGGUGCGUUUUGUAAGUUACAGUACAACGUCGCAUAUCAGAUUAGCAGGGUCACUGGUUUGUGGUAGAUUUUUUUAUUAAAAGGUUGGAUAAGUGACCAUCUGUCUACAGAAGAUGACAGUUGCGCCAUGCACAAAUAGGUUACUGGACAAAUAUACAGCGCUAAGCGACUCUUAACAUGGGAAAACCGUUGACCUGUCCUUCAGAAGUAAGUGAAUGUACGCAGGAUUAAGGAUACAUUAUUUCGCAUGCAAAUGCUGGCUUUGUGAACAACUAGAAAAUCACACUUUCACCAUGCACAGAUAGAUACCGCACAGGGUUUGGGCAGCAAAUUGGUCAGGGUGGUUAUGUCAUGGUCUAUCAUGUGACGGUCUACUGUAUAUCAGUUAAAACGCUUUAGUCGUAGAAGCAGUACUUAAGUAGAACCCCAAGAGAGCAUGAAGCAGCUGUUUUGGCUUGAAAUUUACUUUAGGGAGACCAGGUCGUCUGGCCUGGAAGGUGUGCAUAUGACAGGCGAGAUUUGUGUGCAAUUGGAUGUGGGGGUUAAUGUCGUUUUUUAAAAGUCUGAAAGCAUUUGGGUCUUUCAUGUUGCCUCGUAUGUUGCUUGUGUAUGCAUUGUUUUUUACCGUGCAUCUGACAACAUUUCUUUACCUUCCUGAGAGGUGCAGUUUAAUCGUAAAAUGUCAAGUAUCCAGACACCCAAUUCAGAAACUGCAUUUUAAGCCACUGAUGCUUAGAAAAGUGGUUUAAGCAUGCACGGUCGAAAUCGUUUAGAAUAUUUGCCCCACAUUCUCAUUAUUCCAGAAGCUAGAAUUCCUGGCAACAUGACAGCUGCAUAAAUAGCUUCAUAGGUGUUUCACUAAAAAUAGUGGAGCCGUGGAUAUGCUAAACUGUCUUUACUUUCUGCCAGCUCUUUGAAAAUGAAUAAAUUACCGAAAAUGUGUCCUAGUUGCUCCCUGCCAAGUGCCUCCACUACACCCUUAAUGUGGAUGAUGUGGAGGAGCAGCAGUUCACAUUUCUUGAGACAUUAUGUUCUCAUUAAUUAAAUACAUGGAUGAAGUAACAGCGCUAGUUUUUUAAAAUCACUGCAUUGUGUCUGCAUGCGUAUGUUACAAGUUGUGUUGUAAUUGUCACACUUGAGUGCUCACACAUUACCGGCAAGGAGGCCAUUCCUUGCCUGCAUUUAACUGUGGCUCCACUAACCCGAUGCUUUACACGUUUGUUGAAGAUUACGAACCUAUAACUCUCCGGUGUGUGUAUUCCGGUCAUGCCGCAUUUGUUCAGCACGAUGCCUGUUUCGCUAUGUGGGCAGGGAGAAUCUUCAAGAGCUCAUUAUUUGAACAUCGUACCCAACUAAAAUCGGUACAAUUUUAAAAUACUUUAGAGAGUUAUAUAGUACAGCACAAGCCGGACGAGCUGUGCAGUAAAUUAUGAAUAACCUUAAAUGUGAUUUUUAGCAAAUGGGCUACUUUGCAACUGCAGUUCACUGUUAAGUUAUUUAUAUACUGCUUGUUACGUUGUGAUUCAGUCAAAAGCUUUUCAGAUACAUCAUUAUGGGAGUGGCUGUUCUGGCAGAGUUUAUGGUGACCUGGAAAGUGUAUUAAUAUAUAACAGUUUCGGAUUCAUAAUGGGCAAUUGUGUAUGAAUAUUGAGGGUAAUGUGAUGAGAUGUCAGCCAAUUGCAUGACGUUUUAGAUUCCGUGUACCUGGAGACAAAUUGUCCACCUUUAUCAAUGUUUCCAGAUCAUGGGACACAGCUUUUUUAAAUGAGAAAAUAUUUAAAUAAAUUUCAACACACGACAGUCACCCAGAACUCCGCAUUAGUCAGUAAAGGCAAGCAAUUUAACGGGCUUUUUUUAUCCAUUGGCAAAAUGCACCAUCGUAAGCAAAUGUAUCAAGUGUUUGAUUAUUCAUUUUAAUUAUAACCAGCUGUCUUGUUGAAUACCAGUUGUGCAUCUUGCACCCAACGCUUUAAAUUGACGGACCGAACCAGUGCGAUUGGAGAGUCACUGGUUUCGGCAACUCAUUUGUAUCCCUAAGAUAACGAUGUGGGCGAUGUGGUUGGUAUUUAUUCCUGUCCAUUCUCGCUUUGAAUGCACUCCAGUUGGUCGUUGCGUGUGGUUUGCAGUGGCUGAACAGCAGUGUGCCUUGAGGCUGGAAAACACAGCCAGGAACAAUUUGCCAUCAAGUUCAAUUGUCACGAGCUGUCACGUUGAUUUAACUCUGUGGCGUGACCUUGUUUAAAGGGGUGGCAUGCAACACUCAGGGUUCGGGGUUGGGCACGACGCAAUAUUAAACAAGCUCUCUGUUACACGUACAGUGAGGGAAAAGCGUAUUUGAUCCCCUGCUGAUUUUGUACGUUUGCCCACUGACAAAGAAAUUAUCAGUCUAUAAUUUUAAUGGUAGGUUUAUUUGAACAGUGAGAGACAGAAUAA